AUGGGCCACUUCUCUGGGGACCAUCAUUCUGGCUCUCUCUGGGGUCAUCCUGGUCUCCGAAAUAUUCCUUCGUUCUCACUUGAUGAUCCCUCUAUUAAUCACCACGCUAGCCCCUCAUCAGAAAUUCACAAAUUGUCUAAUACUUCAGAUUCUACAUCUAUUGGCGUUACUUCCUUUCAAGAAGUUCGUAGGCGAAACAUCUCGGUCCUUUCUGAUUUGUCAGAAUCACCAAGCCGGCAUUGUAACCCAACCUCCCUUCUUGUUGAACCCAUCUUACGGGCUAACCUUGCUGAGCCUGAGCCGGAUGACGAUAUGGAUACAGUCAGCAGUCCUAUUUUUUCUGGUGGCUUAAAGUUAAAAUUAGGGGAUGCUUCUCAUCACAGUCCUCGAUCGGCUUCAGCUGCAACGAAUUCGGUUCCCGGUCCCGAGGCACACCUACAUCUCAGUGAACUAGACGCUGUAAUUCAGGAACUUUGCGAUACAAAUUCAGAAGCUUCAGCCAAUGCGAAAUAA